UGAUCUCACUGGUGUGUCACCCAUCUUCAGUUAGAGCAGGAGAUAUAGUCCAUGAUGAUAACUUAGCUCCCAAAAAGCCUGGCUGUGAAAAUGACUUCGUUUUGGUCAUUCCAUUGGAGCCAACCGUUUGUUAUCUGGUUUUGUCGGAAAGUUGCCUUCAUAAGAUUUUACGGGGUAAAAGUUCAAACUUGGGUCGGUGGAGAAGAGGAUGCUGAAUUUGUUGGCGUGGGUGCUAGAUUUGGCACUACCAUUGUGUCAAAAGAGAAAAAUGCAAACCAAAUUCGCCUUACACUUUCAGACCCUCGAGAUUGUUGUAGUGCACCUAAGCAUAAGCUUGAUAGAGAUGUCAUCAUGGUUCACCGAGGUCACUGCAAGUUCACAACCAAAGCAAAUAAUGCUGAGGCUGCUGGUGCUUCAGCUGUGCUCGUUAUCAAUAACCAAAAAGAACUUUACAAGAUGGUCUGUGAGCCAGAUGAAACUGAUCUAGAUAUACACAUACCUGCUAUUAUACUUCCACAAGAUGCUGGUGCAAGCUUGGAAAAAAUGCUAUUGACUAACACAUCAGUGUCUGUGCAGCUUUACUCUCCAAAGCGACCAUUAGUUGAUGUCGCCGAAGUCUUUUUGUGGUUAAUGGUUGUUGCUACCAUCUUGUGCGCUUCUUACUGGUCUGCGUGGACUGCCAGAGAAGCAGCUGCCGAACAGGACAAGCUAUUAAAGGAUGCUGUGGAUGAAGUUCCAAAUGACAAAGCUGUGGGUGUUAGUAGUGUUCUAGACAUCAAUACAGCAUCAGCUGUCCUGUUUGUUGUCAUUGCUUCAUGCUUCCUGGUCAUACUUUACGAACUCAUGUCAUAUUGGUUCAUUGAGCUUUUGGUGGUCCUGUUCUGCAUAGGUGGUGUGGAGGGCUUGCAAACUUGCCUGGUUGCUCUGUUGUCAAGGUGGUUCAAGCAUGCUGGAGAAUCAUACAUAAAAGUACCAUUCUUUGGAGCUCUCUCGUACCUAACAUUAGCUGUUUCUCCAUUCUGCUUAGCAUUUGCAGUUGUUUGGGCUAUGCAUCGCAAUCUCUCCUUUGCCUGGAUAGGUCAAGAUAUACUUGGAAUUGCACUGAUAGUCACUGUUCUGCAAAUUGUCCAUGUACCUAAUCUCAAGGUGGGUACUGUUCUUCUCAGUUGUGCAUUCUUAUAUGACAUCUUUUGGGUGUUUGUUUCCAAGAAGUUGUUCCAUGAAAGCGUCAUGAUUGUGGUGGCUCGUGGUGAUAGAAGUGGAGAGAAUGGUAUUCCAAUGCUGUUAAAGAUUCCACGCUUGUUUGAUCCUUGGGGUGGUUACAGCAUCAUAGGGUUUGGCGACAUCCUUUUACCUGGGUUGCUGAUAGCAUUUUCCCUCAGGUAUGAUUGGGCAGCAAAUAAGAGCCUUUGUGCUGGGUACUUCCUAUGGGCAAUGCUUGCCUACGGAUUAGGUCUUCUCAUUACUUAUGUGGCACUGAACUUGAUGGAUGGCCAUGGGCAGCCAGCACUGCUAUAUAUCGUCCCAUUCACCCUCGGAACUUUUCUGACGUUAGGUUAGAAAAGAGGGGAUCUCAUAGUCUUAUGGGCACAAGGAGAACCACAAAGACCAUGCCCCCAUGUCCUUCUCCAACGUAGUCAACAAUUGGACUCGGAAAAAUAAGAUUUCCUGUUUAAUUAUGUUUGUAGUAUUUCGUAGUUUAUUGCCCAUCCACUUGGAAGCUGGUGGGAAAGCACCCGGUCAAGCUUAACUUGGAAAUACUGUGUCAAGACUGCAGGCCCAGGCCCUUCAGAUUAACCUAGAGCUUAUCAUCAGUUAACAAGAGUGAAGGGUGUGUGUUAUUUUUCCAGGAAAUAUCCUGUCAAGUACCGGCCAGAUAUUAGGACCUGCACCUGCAUUCCAUCUUGACAAAGUGAGGGCUAGGUGGAACUUCAUGGGAGGUCUUGCCGGUUUAAACGGUAUUUCUCCCCAUUCUGAAUGCUCUUUACUGGUCGAAACUUAGGGUUUUGAGAGGAGUGGUCUGUACAAAGACAAUUGAGCUCCUGUAAUGAUCUUGUCUCUCCAUCCUGGUAAGACCAGGACGGAUAAAAUCGUUCCACGUGCAUGGUUUUGACGUAAGAUGUGUUAUCCAAAUCAUAUCUCUAGUUUU